CUAGCUCUAUUUUCCUACUUGAUUCCUCCACAAUUAUUCUCAAUGUCUUCACCAGAGGAAAUCCACAUCCCCGUCAGCCUACUGGACUACAUCCCGCCUCGCAACUACGUGCGCCUUCUCUUCCCACUCGCCCUGAAGCCUGCAGUCGAGUACGGCGUUGUCUUCCGCGAUCUGCAACUCGCCCUGCACAAGACCUUUGUCCAGGAGCCCUGGGCCAGCGGGAAGGUGUUUCGGCGCACGAACCCCGACGUUCCCGGUCAGCUUGAGAUUCGGUUUCUGUCCGUCUAUCAUGAAGAGGGUGCUGAUCAGGGGCCUCGCCAGCUAAGAUACCACGAGCUCGAGACGGACUGGUCCUAUACUGAGUUGCAGGAGAGCGGGUUCCCGACGGAUGCGUUCCCCGAUGAGGAGCAGUUCCUUUUUGAUGCGCCGCGCGUAGGGGAUGUGGAUGGUGGAGGCGCGGAUAUUUUUCUGGCCCAGGCGAACUUUUUACCUGGGGGGCUGUUCCUGGCGGUGACAACUUCUCAUGCGGCGACUGAUGCAGCGGGGAUGCUGGAUCUGGUGAAGUUGUGGGCGGAGAAUUUUCGCGAGCUGCAUGGCCGCGACGCAGGGGGUGUGGUUGCGCCGUCGCCCUUCGAUGCGCGGGAUAGGGACCGCGGCCUUCCUGAGAGGCCCUGGAGCCAGGGAGAGAAGGAAGGUGUGCAGCGGCGCAACGACGGGGAUGACCCCUGGCUCCGCGCCCUGGUCAGUCUGGAUUCCGAUUUCCCCGGGGAGUUUGCUCCGGGGCACUCGGCAACGGCGAGCCGCGAGGACGGCCGCGGACGCAUGCUCAAUCGGGUUCUAUUCCUGUCCGGCCAGGACCUGGCGGCGCUGCAGACCGAAUGUGCCGCCGAGCCGCUUCCCCCCGGCGAAGGGGCCCUUUCGGCCAGUGACGCUGUGAACGCAUUCCUGUGGCGAGGGCUGUUGCGGGCGCGCGCGGCCGCCGCAGAGGCGCGAGGGGCGGCGCUGGCCGACGAGCUCUCGGUGUUCGAGUCGCCCGUCGACGUGCGCGGGCUCUGGGCGCCCGACUUCCCCGCGCACUACCUGGGCAAUUGCUUCCUGCUCAACACGGCACGGCUGCCCCUAGCGGAUCUGAUCGCGUCGUCGACCGGGCUGGGUCGUAUCGCACGGGCGCUGCGCAGCGGCGCGGGGAGCCUGGACCAGACGGCGGCGCACGCGGCGUACGGGCUGCUGCGGUCUGUGGGGGAUGUGUCGCGGGUGCGAGGGCGGUUCGUGGAGCGGAUGGACUCGGCGGAUCUGCUGGUAUCGAACGUGAUGUUUUUUUCGAUGGAGGAUUUGAACUUUGGCGAUCGCUACUUUGGCAAUGGCGGGGUGGCGCACAGGCUGCGAGUGCUGCACGCGCAGUACGCCGACUCGGUGAGGCUGGCGCAUAUUCUGCCACGGAAUCCGAACCACGGGGGCGUUGAGCUCAGUGUGAAUCUGUUCGAGGAUGAGAUGCCGUAUCUAGAAGAGGACGAGGAGUUCAAUCGGUAUGUGGUGCCGAUUGAGGUGUGAGGGCCUGGUUUGGAGCAUGCAUGUGUUGAUGGUUUCUGGGACAC